CAAGUGUUUUGUUUCAUUUAGCGUCAGACUCAAGAUGUGUUAUUACCUGCCAGCUGUAUUUCCCUCAGGCGUGGAUUUUAAUUUGAUGCUUUUACAAUGGAAAGGUGCUGACUCACCGUAAACCCUGCAUGCUCGACACAACAUGCCCCAACCUUUUAUAAAUUUGCAGAACACCUUAGUUAUUAGUCACUUCUCAAGUCGGUGUAUUACUUCAAAAUAAUUAAAGCAGUGGGCCUAAACAUGUCCAUCUGCCUCACCCGUCUCUUUUCUCAGCAGCUCACUCAGAUUAACACCGUGGUGUGCCCCAAAUCAACAUGCUCCAGUGCUGCUUUCAGACUCCUACAGGAGAGGUCUGCUAGGUGUUGACCUCACGGGGUGCUUCCAACUGUCGAAUCAUGGGAAGGUGGUGACGGAAUUUAAACGAAAAGACGGGCCAUGAGGAGGUUUUUCCGCGGGCAGAGGGAUGAAGAUUAUGGUCAGAUCCAGUAUCUGACAGCCAAGUGCACACGUUUGGCUCGAGACAAAGCUGUGUCAGACAGGGAGGUCCUGUUGUUCAGGGAAAAGGAGAAGAAGCUGCAGAAUGACCUCCAAGCUGUGGCCGCUCAACUUUUCCACCUGGAGAAGAGCAACAUGGAGCUCAGGAGGACACAGGACCAGCUAAUCGGCACCAUUCACCAGCAGCAGGAGUUGGUGGAGUUGCUACAGCAGCGUGUGAUCAUCCUGGCAGGGGAGAGUGAGCGCGAUGCCGAGCUGCUGCGUCAAGUGUGCUCGGAACUGCUGUGCCUCCAGAGCUCCGAGGUGCGGCUGGAGGGCCUGGUGGAAGAGCUGCACUUGAGGGCCCACGGCGGGGACGAACAGAAUGAGGGCCUCCAGGCGGAGCUACAAAUUAAGACAGCGGAGUUGGAGCAGCUUCGUGACGCCAACAAGAUGCUGGCGGAGGAGCUGAUGGAUUUGCGUUUUACGCAUGAGGAACAGGUGAGAGCUCUGCGACGAGAAAAUGACGGUGGUGCGAGGAAGCUCCAGGAGACAUUGGAGCAGUUUGAGUGGCUGUGUCAUCAACAGCGCUCCUGGAUGGCGCGCGUCAAAAGCUUUAAAGACCAUAUUUUGAAGGAGAGGGAAGGUCUGCUUCAGCAGGUACACACACAGGAAAAUCAGGCGAAACAGUGGAAGAAGUCACGCGAUCAUGUGCGCCGACACUGCCCCCUAGAGGACCACGACUGCUGCAACAGCAGUCCAUCCUCAUGGGACACUAAAGAGGUGAGGUAUGAGGAGCGCCAUGAGCAGAGAGAAAGACAAUCUUGCUGGAGGAACAGGGACUGGUGGAGGGAAAAUGCGAGGAUGUAAGACAAUUCCAGCUGCUUGAAGACAUGAUUUCGAGACCAUUCAGUGAGGCUCAUCAGAAGACCAACGCAACCUGUUCCAGCAGCAUUUUUGACUUGCAAUUGGAAAUAAAUGAAUGCCUUAGAGGUUUGUCUAAGUCUUUAGUGUGCCGGUAAAUAUCAUCAGGUGUGCAACAAGAAAUUAUCCAAUUUCAGGUCAAUUGGUGCAAAAAUGAUUACCAACCUUUAUUCAUCUUUCUACAGAUGGCUUAUUAUUAAUGACUUGUGCUAAUCCCUUCUAGAGGGCUAAUUUUCAACAUCGUAAAUGCUUUUGAGGUAUCUCUUUCAAGAUAGAUGGUCCUUUGUCAUAUAUAUGCAAAAUUUGAGUGCAUCUUUCUCAUUGUUCGGGUCAGGCGUGGGCUGAUAUUAGAUUCUGACGGUAUGAAUCUGAUCACUGUGAGCAAAAGUAUUGCGGUAUCACAGUAUUAAAAUUGCAGCUUGAAAAAAAGGCCUUUUUUAAUAUUUGGGGAGAU